AACAGUCCUCUUUUUUGUCGUGGCAGCAUGGCUAGCGGGUUUCUGGAUUUGGCGGGAGUAGCGGAUACGGUAUCGGCAUAUAUACCUUGAUACCUUUGCUUCUAUGAAGAAUGAUGAAUCUGUUUCUUGUAACAAAUAGAAUGUUAUCAUUUCCCCACUUGUGGAGAGCUCAGACUUAUACUUUUUCUUUUGAGGUCGUGAUAAACCAGCUGGUGGCUGUCGAACUACAACUGGCUUCUAACUUUGUUAUAUAUAGGUUUGCUCGGUUACGCCUUGAUUCCCUAUACUUUGCUCCUAUGAUAUUCCUUUUUUUCCCUUUUUCUUUUCCAAUUUCCAUCUUCUUUUUGCUAUACAACUUUAUAUCAUACGUUGCUUUCGCUGAGGCAUCAUCCCCAUUAUCUCAAGCCAUCCGUCUCAGCGCACAUUUUCUUCUGAGACUGUACGAAUAACCUCCAUGGCAACCACUUCCACAAUGGCCACGUCUCAGGCUGCAAGCAAUGUCGCCUCUCCAGUUUCUUGGCCGAGUUUGGACUUACC